CGUGCAGUCGUGUGCAGUUGUGACUGUCAGUGUGUAGUAAAGGGUGCAAAGUUGAAGCAAGUGGAAGAAAGUUCAGCUGACAGUUUGCCAUUGCCAUUGCAAUAUUGCAUUCAUUGCAUUCGCCUCUGGCCAGGCAAUAUGUCCGUGAUAGACAAAGUACAACAUUAUCAGCGAAGUAUAGAAAAAUGCUGGGACGAUGAAGAACGGAUGAUGCACUGCAUUUCAAAGCUCUAUCAACUACCCAUAACUGUUCAGCAUUUACGAGACACGGGAGUAGGACGAACAGUAAACUCGUUGCGAAAAUAUGAUGGGGGUGUGGGCGAUGCAGCGAAGGCAUUGGUCGCAAAAUGGAAAACAAUGGUAGCCAAUGAAGAUUCAAGUGACGCCGAAGAUGAGGACGAGGCUUGCGUUCCCGAUGCUCCCGAGAGUUACAGCGACAAUCCCGAGUCGCCAAAACGUGACGAAAAUUCGGAAAAUGGCCUGAGCCGAACAACUCAGGAGUCGUCGAAAGAGAGACACAAAAAGUCGAGCAAAAGUUCUUCCUCGAGUCACGGAUCGAAACAUUCGCCAAAGGGAAAUUCGGAAACGGAGAGUAAAAGUCGAGAGAAGCAUAGCAGCAGCAGCAGUAGUAGUGGUAGCAAAGAAAAGCAGAAGAGCGCAAAAGAUGAGGAACAAAGGGAGAAAAGUAGAAAGCAUACGAAACAUGACUCUGAUAGUGAUAGUAGAAAAGGUGCGAAAGAUGAUUCGAUGAAAAAGGAUUUAAGAGAUUCAAGAGAUAAGAGGGAUGAUGGGAAAGUCUCGAGUAGUACGGAGUCUGUCAUCACAAAUGGGAAUGACAGCAGCAGAAAGCGCAAACAGGAGCGGAGUGAGAAGGAGUCGAAGAAAGCGAAAUAUUCCGAGUCCGAGAGUGAGGAGGAGAAUUCGAGGCUGGUGAUAAAUUCCCCCUCGGAGUCGGAAUUGACAGGGAUUGAGUUGGGAUCAUCUCUCGAGUCCGAAACGAAGAAAAGUAGUGUCCAGUCAUGUGAUAAGUCUUCUCGAAAGGAAGGACAUAAAGAUAGGAAAAGGGAGAAGGAUGAGGCGAGAAAGUUGAGAAAGUCGGAGGAGAAGGAUAGUCAGAGAAAGGAGUCGAAGAAGGACGAUAAGCGGAAGAAGGAGAGUAGUCACAAGCAUUCCUCCUCCAAGUCAAAAAGUUCGCACAGUUCCUCGAGGUCCAGUAGUAAGGAUUCGGCGAGACAGGGUGAUAUUAAUGAGGAGGAGAAAAGUCGAAAGGAGGAGAAAUCGAGGAGUGAGGGAAAGGAGAAGGACAGGGAUAAGGAGAAGGAGCACAAAGUGAAGAAGAAAAUUAAAAAGGAGAAGGAUGAAAAUGUCGUGGGAAUUGAUUCUCAGUCUGGUACAAGUUUUGCCGAUGCACUCGGAAUGUGCAUGUUGCCUCCGCCUUCACGGAAAAAAGGUGGAAAUGUUCCUGCUGCUGUCGGUGGGCCAACCGCGAAAUCAAGUAAAGCCGAACCUGAAGCCUCAACUUCCGAGAGCGGCAGCAAAUCGGUGGGAUUUUUCGCGAAAUUUAAGACUGAAGACACUGAUCUAGAAUCAAAUGCACCCUCUCUUCUGGCACCGAAUGUCAAGCUGGAACCUCUCAGUGUUGAUUUAGCCGCGACCCUACCUGAAAUUAGUCCCAAUUAUAAGCCACUCACUUAUAAUAUGAAUCCUGUUAAUCGAAAAUUUGAGGAGGACAGAUCGCUCUCUGAAGUUAUCUACAGCAAGAAUCAAAGAACAAAAGUAUUCUCUGGAAACAAAACUGGUUAUUCAACCGUACCUUCAUUAUACGAAAUGUGCAUUAGAGUUCUGAUAGAGAAUAUUGACGCCCUCGAAGUUACCGGUGGAGUACCGUUCUACAUAUUAAAACCAGUUUUGGAAAGAGCCACCCCGGACCAGCUCUAUAUGCUCGAACACCAUAAUCCGUACCUUGUCGAAGAAACAGACCCCUUGUGGCAAUUUCACUGUAACCGGGAGUUUCGCACGAAAAAGAGAGAGGAAAUGGAGUCUUGGCGUGAAAUGUACAUGAGAUGUUUGGACGAGAGGGAAGCAAAAUUGAAAGCACUCACCGCAAAUAUCAAGCAGUCAAUCGACAAAUCAACACCCGUGAGAUCGACUAUACAAGUUAACGACAAUUUCCACGUGAAACCGCCACGAAGUGUUCUCCGAAAACAAGCGAAAUAUGGCACAGCAAAAGAUUUACCUGUCACCUCCUCCGAGUUGAAAAGAAAGUUAAUUUCUGGUGUUUCAAAACCGCCUGCAACCACCAAUAGUUGUUCACCUAUCCCGAUACCCCGGCUAAAAGCAACUUCCUCCAGUAUCGGCAAGAAGACCAAGGCUCCUCUAAUGGCAAAGGCGCUUCAAUUAAUAAAAGGGAGAUAUAGGCGAUAGUCACUGCAAAAUCUCCCAACUACAGUGAAUUUAAAUUUCGCGACAAUUGCCGAUUUAUCCCACUUUAAUCGUAGGUUAUUUUUUAUUUUAGUUUCUAGAGAAACAGCAAAAACAAGCACUCGUUUUUUUCUUUUUCUUUUCUUUUCUUUUCUUUUCUUUUCUUUAUUUCUUCAUCUCGACAAUCAUUAACUGAAAAUAUGCACCUAUUUGAAGUAAUUUAUUUUUUAUCAACAAAAAGAGAGAGAAGAAAAAAAAGAUAAUUAAUUAUUUUAGGUAUAUUUGUAAUUUUUAAUUAAUGAUUGUCCAAUUAGCAGCUGCAAUUGAAAUUGUUUUAUACUUUUAAACAUCAGACGACAUUUGCGAUGAAAUGUUGUUGUUGUCAGUCAGUCGUUUUCAAUAAUGUAGGGUGUUUCUUAAAUUAUUGGAAUUUAAAGUGGGGGAAGGGGGGGUGGGGGAGAAAAUUUUUGCGAGAUGAGAAGCAAAGCCAAAAUGAAUGAUUUUUUUAAGGAGCAGGAUUUUUGUUGAAGGAAGAUUUAGUCGUGUCGCAAGUGUACGUUGCACGUACAGUUGAAAAUUUUAUUUUUUCUUACCCAUUUCUGAUUAUUUCGAAGAAGAAUAAAUGUAAUUCAUGUAACAAUGUUUUUCUGAUUCUCACUCGUGUGACGAGAAUCAAUUUGUGCGAAAGUGUCUCAACAUUAUUUUUUAUACAUUCUUACGAAAGAAUGGUUAUUGCGAUUAAUGUUAAUAUCUAUACUUUGAACAUUUCGCACAAAAAUUCACUGUGGCGUUGUUGUAAUCAUUGUUACUAGAAAUACGAUUAAAAAACAGACAGAAAAAGAUA